AUGGGCAAACGGACCAGCUCGAGGCUUACCGUGCUGGAGCUAAACGACAAUGAAAUUGUGCACUUCAAUUUCGGGUUCGUCGCCCCUUUCCGGCACCUAGAGCAAAUCUUUUGUAAGGAGAAUCUCAUAGAACGGCUGCGAAACUCGCUGAACUGUGCUGUAACACACAGUUACAAGUGCUUCGCCAGCCUCAGAGUGCUGAACUUUGACUACAAUCUCAUCGCAUCCCUUCCCCGGGGACUGUUCCGAAGUAUGACGGCGCUGGAGGAGUUGACUUUGCGGCACAACUACCUCCAACGCAUUUCUGCCUUCGAAAUCGGACUACCACCUAGACUGAAGCUGCUCGAUCUGGGCGUUAAUUCGAUUGCGCUCUUAAAUCUGAAAGCGCUGAAACAGUUGAAAGUUUUGAUUUUGGAUUUUAAUGAGCUAACAGAACAGAGGAUUGGCGGGAUGCUUCCGAAAUCGCUGGAGGAAUUGGAUGUGCAGUACAACCACAAAACGAAUUGUAGCCUCCUGAAGGAGCUGCCCACGGUAAGGCAACUGGAAAUGAGUGAUGCCAAACUUUUGUGCUAA